CUUUUUUUUAGCCCCUCUGCUCUCUCAGUCGACUUUCUCCUCUCGGGCAAUCAAUGGAUUUCCUCUGAUUUGGAGAGCGUCCGGAACCGUCUCGACUGUUGCUGUUGUUGUGGUUGUAAACAACGAGGGGGAAAAGAGGCAAAAAAUAGGAAAGGGUGAUGUUUGCUUUGCACCGGGUUCGUCAAUUCCGCGUCUUGUCCGCACUGGUUGUCGGUUCCAUUGUGUGUUGCGCAAAAAGCGUCAAUGAACCGGGCAACAUGUCUUUCGUGAAGGAGACGGUGGAUAAACUACUGAAGGGGUAUGAUAUCCGACUGAGGCCGGACUUUGGAGGGGCCCCUGUUGCAGUCGGGAUGAGCAUAGACGUGGCCAGCAUAGACAUGGUGUCAGAAGUCAACAUGGACUACACGUUGACCAUGUACUUCCAACAGUACUGGAGGGAUAAACGUCUCGCCUACAUAGGAAUCCCCCUCAACCUGACCCUGGACAACAGGGUGGCCGACCAGCUCUGGGUCCCCGACACCUACUUCCUCAACGACAAGAAGUCCUUCGUCCACGGAGUCACCGUGAAAAACCGAAUGAUCCGCCUGCAUCCGGACGGAACCGUUCUCUACGGCCUCAGGAUAACUACUACCGCGGCAUGUAUGAUGGAUCUCAGGAGGUAUCCCCUGGACGAACAGAACUGCACUCUGGAGAUAGAGAGCUAUGGCUACACCACAGACGACAUCGAGUUCUACUGGAAGGGAGGCGAGUCGGCUGUAACGGGGGUGACGCGGAUCGAGUUGCCUCAGUUCUCCAUUGUCGAUUACAAGUUGGUGUCCAGAAACGUAGUCUUUUCCACAGGUGCCUACCCUCGACUGUCUCUGAGCUUCAAGCUAAAGAGGAACAUCGGCUACUUCAUCCUGCAGACGUACAUGCCAUCGAUCCUGAUUACCAUCCUCUCCUGGGUCUCCUUCUGGAUAAACUAUGACGCGUCAGCAGCCAGAGUGGCUCUCGGGAUUACCACGGUGCUGACAAUGACCACCAUCAACACCCACUUGCGAGAGACGCUGCCCAAGAUCCCGUACGUCAAGGCCAUUGACAUGUACCUGAUGGGCUGCUUCGUGAUGGUCUUCCUCGCGCUGCUGGAGUACGCCUUCGUCAACUACAUCUUCUUCGGGAGGGGUCCUCAGAUGCAAAAGAAGCUGGCGGAGAAGGCGGAGAAAGCCAAUAACGAGAGGGCGGCCAAGUACGAUGCUGCAAGGGAGGCAGGUAGUAGGACCGCGUCCCUAAAGCGGUCCAAUCAGGUUAAAGGUCUUCGCCACUCACGCUCGGCGGAACCGCACGGCCACGGGAACAUCCUCCUCACCACCCUGGAGUUCACUAACGAGGUGGCGGGAGGCGAGAUCACCACCAGCUUGGCGGACAUUAGGAACUCUCAGUCCAUGGUGCAGCUGGACAGCACGGCUUCAACGCACAUCCAGUACCGCAAGCAGAGCGGCGGGAUCGGCCCGCGCUCCGCCAGCCGGCACUCCCUGGACCGCUCCGCCCAGAUGAAGCGCAGCCGUCUGCGGAGGCGGUCUUCGCAGCUCAAAAUCAAAAUCCCAGACCUGACAGAUGUGAACGCCAUCGACCGCUGGUCACGGAUCAUCUUCCCUUCUGUUUUCUCACUGUUCAACCUCAUCUACUGGCUCUACUAUGUCUGAUUGGAAUGUUUUGUUGAGGUGUUCGUUGUUGUUUGUUUUAUUUUUUGUUUUUCAUUUUGUUUCUUUUUCUUCCUUUUUUUGUUGCUUUUAUACAUGAUGGAAUUUGUCGAGUUAAAGACUGCAACUUCAAGACAAAAAAGAAAAAAAAACAAACAGACUGAGAAAAGACUACUGAGUUCUGGACCAAGUUCUUGUCAAAGUUGUUUUUAUAUUUGCAGUCUUUGAAUCCUUAGUAUCGAGGUCUUUUUAUUUUCUAAAGUAUGUACUGUAAUUGGGACUUGUGUCGGUCAUUUCCCAACAUUUGCCCUCUCAGUAAUGUGUAAAUAGAAAGAUACAAAGCCAGCAACUAAAUAAAUAAAUAAUACAAAUCUAGCAAAAAACAAAAACAAAGACAAUAGCAGUUAACGCAAUGAUUUUUCUAAAAAAUUAUAAUUUAUACUACACAGGUGAUCAGAUAAAUGCAGGCAAUUCCAAGUCCAUGAAACAAACUAAUGUAUGUUUGACUGGUACCCUAUGCACUAUUAAUGCAUGCAAUGAUCAACCAUAGUGGAAAAAUAUUGACUCCUUUUUUGCCUUGGAUUAUGUCGCAACUUUACAGAAGACUCUGCUGAUGUGUAUUUGUUGAUAAUAUACAUUUUACUUGUCAUACAGUGAUCUGGUAAAACUUUACCCAACACAAUAACUUAAAGUCGAGGAUUUUGUCCUCCGUUCAGGAUGAUUGUGACUCAGGUUCUGAAUCUUUUGCUAUCUGACAGAAAAGUGUCACUUUUGGUAAUUUGAUAAGGUAAACAAAGCACAAGUAUUAACAAAACUGCCAUUUUUUUCACGUCUACCUUCUUGCAACAGCGCUUCAAGUGAUAGCAUGACAGAAUUGCACUCAAAUUUAUCAAACUUCCUCAAAAAAAAAAACACUUUAAUUUAAAACAACUGCCAAGGGCCUUUUUGGGGCGAAACGGUUACUCAACCCAUGAAAUAUUAUGAUAUUUUUGUACUCUGUGUCUUCAGGUAUUCAUUUGAUUUUCCUAACCUGUCUUCUUCUUUUUUUUUUUUUUUUUUUGCUCAACUGUUGUGGUGAUAGAUUGGAGGAAUGGAAACCCAUGUUUUUGUACAUAAGUACAUAGGUGUGUAUAUACAUAAAUGUAUAUAUAUAUACUGUGUGUGCAACCCAAAAUGAGAAUGAUCUGAGCAUUUUGGGGUUGUCAUGCUGGCUAUUUACUGUCAGAAAAUUUAGUGCAAAAAAAAGAAGAAAAAAAAAGGACAAGGAUUAAACAAAUUAACCAAGAGGUCAGUUUCAAGCAUCAGUUAGUUUUUGAGCAUUUGUGAGCACAUCUCAAACAUCCCACCACGUUGAAGACCACUCUAGACACUGUGUGUACGUUCACCAUGCAUUCCAGAGCUGCUGUAUGCGUCGCCAUACAGCAGCAGAUGCAAAUGGAUUUCAUUGAUUCGGCAGACGGACCACGAUAACCGGUCUGCUGACUAAUAAGCACAUACUAGCGCUGAAUGUAUCAGAUCCAUUCUUCAGGGAGAGGAUAAUGAGCCAUGGUCAUCAUUUCUCCAUCAGAAUGUAACACGCCCAUUCUUACCAAGAAACAGAGGGAAGAGACGGUGUGUUAAGAGUGUGUGCAUGUGCAUGUGUGUGUGAGAGAGAAAGAGAGAGAGAGAUAGAGAGAGAUGGGAAGUGGAUAAGGAGAGCUGGAGAUAGGAAGGGCGUGGGUAGACCAUUUAUUUUCUGUGCUGCUUGCUCGACUAUGGACAAAUGUCAACGUAUAAUAGUUCUAUGGAUAAAAAUAGCUCUCCUGUCCCACUCUUUUGAUAAACUGUGUGCCAUUCCACCUAAGGUCGCAGAGCAAUCAACCAGUUACAACUCAUGGACGAUGAUGUAAAUUUGUCAUAGAUACAUGACAUACAAACACCGUUUGUGCAUGUACAGAAUACAUGUAGAAAAAAAAAAUGCUACUUGAUAACACUGAGUUUUAUGUGUACAGACUGAUUGAUAUAUGACUAAGAACUGAAUGUAUUGUACUUGGAUUGUUGCUGCACAAAUGCAAUUUUCUUUCUGGAAACAGGAUUGACCUCAACCCUGAUUGAUUAGGGCUCUAGUUGAUUCCACGUUCAAGUGACCCCAAGUUUUUUUUUUUGUUUUUUUUUUGCUGGUUUCUUGUCCUGUUUUCUACUGUGUAGACGGGGCGCAGUGCACAUGUGAUCAAGACAGAAGAAUGAUCCAGUUAGAGAUGAAUGAGAAGUCAAAACAUCUCGCUAAAGGUGCGUUCAGAAAGAAUUCAGAUGGAAUUUUUACUUUGUCAUUUGUGCAAAUUGGUCUUUAUUCCAAUAGGUUCUUAUACCUAAAUGGCCAAUAACUCUCAAAACCACAUAUAUAACUGUUACGUAAAACAUUGUCAAACAGUUUUAUAGUGUUUCAUGAUAAAAAAAACUGAAAACUGAAACUCUGCAUCUAUGCUUCAAGAAACAAGGAGUCGUUGCAGAAAAUUGCUCAGGAAUUAAUAGAGGAAUCAAUAAGAAAAUGUGACUGAUAAGCACAACGAUUAAAGGUAGUGGUAUCAAUAAAAGCCUGAGACAUCAUUAACAUGCAACAAAACUAACAGUGAAGUUAAAUUAACCCGAUAUUGACUUUUCGCUGCACACUGGACAUGCCAUCUGUCUCCCUCUGCAGACUUUGUCGCUCUUUAUACUCCAACAUCUAAUUUCCUCAUUUUCUCCUGUCAUACAUACUUUGGCCACUAGAGGUCACUGCCUGUUAACAAAUGUAAAUGCCAAUUUACCAACUGCACGUUGAAAGUACAGAUUCAUGGGAUGUGCACAAUUUUUGAGAACAUUUUCCACUUGUAUGGACAUGUGUCGAAUCGCUUCUUCCCGUAGACUUUGUAUGCAACUUCUCCGCCACUUGGCGUUCUGUCUGAACACACAGCGAGAGACGAUGUCUUGACUUGGGCACAAUGCAAUGUUUUGUGAUCUCCUGCAAGGCAUGGAACCAGUUUGUCCAAAGAUGUUUCAAGCUGCUUGUGUAGUUUGAAGACAUUUGUAUGAAUGACAUUUCAAAGAAACAGUUUAUGGAGCUUCAGUGUUGUGUAAAUAAGAUAUAAUAAGACAGACUUCUGGAACACUGAAGCUCGAAAAUUACUGUUUUCCUUCCUGGCUUGCGUUGAUUUAAACACUUACUUUCGGGUCAAGUUCUUGCAGUUGGUCAUUGUAUGAGUGAUUAUUUUAAUUACCAGGCUACAGAGUGCAGUUGGAAAGUGAAAGAGACAGAAACUCUCGGUACUUGUUUAUCAUGCAUGCAACUACAAUUCUUAACUUGGGAAGAUUUUUGAAAAAAAAAUAUUUUACAAACUCACUCAUGAGAGCUGCCAACUGCUCGUUUUAGAGAUGACAAUAUGCCAUGUGAGCCUACAUAAAAAAAAAGCAACAAAAAAAAAAAAAGAGUCAUCAAAGACUUCAGGUGUUGUAUGGCCUUGGUCCCAUAAUGGAAUGUGAAAUGUUCUGUGCUGCCACAAAAUGUAUUUAGGCUUAGAUUUAUACUGUAUAUCUCUGUAUGUUUCUCUUCCUUUUUCAAUAGAUUAUCAUGUUAAACCAUCAAAUAAAUUAUAUACAUUGUA